AGCGUCUUGGAAAGCGGUCUGCGGCUAGACGCUGAGGGCGCCCGAGUGGGCGCAGGGGCGGCUAGGCGCUCGGGCAGCGGAAGGCACGGGGGAGGCGGCGCGCGGGGCCCCCAGGGGCGCGCCGAGAUGUUCGACAGCUCGCAGUACCCCUACAACUGCUUCAACUACGACGCUGACGACUACCCGGCCGGCAGCUCAGACGAGGAGAGGCGCGGUGCGAGGCCCGCGUACAGCUACAUCGCGCUGAUCGCCAUGGCCAUCCAGCAGAGUCCCACGGGCAGGGUGACCCUGUCGGGCAUCUACGACUUCAUCAUGCGCAAGUUCCCCUACUACCGCUCCAACCAGCGCGCCUGGCAGAACUCCAUCCGCCACAACCUGUCGCUCAACAGCUGCUUCGUCAAGGUGCCGCGGGCCGCGGGCCAGGAGAAGGGCAAAGGGAACUACUGGACGUUCGCCGGCGGCUGCGAGUCUCUGCUGGACCUCUUCGAGAACGGCAACUACCGGCGGCGGCGGCGGCGGCGCGGCCCCAAGCGCGAGGGCGCGCGGGGAGCACGCGCGGGGGCCGCUCCUGGACCGGGAUCCGCGGGGCCUCCGGAACCCACCCGCCGCGAGGGUCCGGACCCCGAGGGCCCGUCCACGGUGGGGAAGGACGGUCCCAGGGACAUCAAGUUCAGCAUCGACUACAUCCUCUCUGCCCCGGGCCCCUUUCCCAGGCUCAGGCGGCCCUGCGGUCCCCAGGAAAGUGGGUACCCCCAGCUGGAGGCCCAGCCGAUGAACGUCCACUUUUGGACAAUGUGAGAGGUGGAGGUGGGGCUGUGUCCCCGGGGGCUCUUCGGAUCCAGCCCCUCCUGGAUCAGAUCUUGAGGACACGCACUGCUGACUCGGUCCAGGGCCAUGGCACCAAGUCUACCCAAAAGUGCUCACUGCUGCCAUGGCUUCCUCUUCUGGAACAAAGUCUGCUGGCUCUACAGUGACUCCUGGGUGACACUUGGACAUCUGCCCUAAAUUUCGGGUGGCAGUGGCCCCACCCCAGGGCUAUGGAGGCAGUAGUGACUUUACUCCCCGAGAUGUCACAAGCAGAGCUGCAGGGAGAAGCUGAAAGGGGCAUCGCCCCUGGACAGGAAGGCAGCCCCGGCCAGUCCACCCCGAUCAACCUGCCCUGGCAUGUCUGUGUCCCUGUUACAGGUGAUGUGACUUGAAGUGACAAUUGUGUUGUAAGCGGCGUUUUUGGUCAUGGUUUAAGAAGUGUCGUACAUUGUUUGUGUCCAGAACAGGAGGGAGGACAGAGGGACAACGGGCAGGAGAUUCCAAAGUCAGGCUGGUGUGAGGGCAAAGGGGACUCUCCUGGAUCUGAGCGGGAACUAGGAUGCCCGGGCCCCCCAUGUGCACCUGGGUUCCCCUGUUGGGAGGCCACUGCAAGCCUGAGGUGGGGGCUCCAGCUGAAAUGUCUGGUUCAGUUCCUGUGCAGUCGGGCGUCUAGGGAACCCAGAGAGGCACUGAUGACUCUGGAACCAAGCUUAUCACUUUUCUGCAGAGUUAAUUGCUUCCUGUGACUUAAUUGGAACAUUAGUACGGAUUACACAAUCUGAUUCACUCGGAGACAAUGAUUGGCUACUUUUUUAAACAGCGAAAACAUAUCCGCCGACCAUCUGGGCUGUGCUGCGGGACUCUUGGGAGUGGGAUGGGCAGCAGGGCCACCGAGAACUGUUUCUGAGUGUGGGGAGGAUGAAGUGCUCCUGGGCUAGCCUGGUCACCAUAUGAUGAACAGGGCCACCAACAUGCCCAUCCCUCCUAGAGGCCAGCGCAGGGAGACCCACUGCCAAAGCAUCUGCCAGGGAGGCACCGCAGAGCUGUCGGCUCACUGCCCAUGGGCACACGCUGACCCUGACCCCAGCUGUGAUCUGGUGGGCACCAGCCCUGGAUGCUGGGCCCUGGCCCCCUUCCCCAUCUGUCAGAGGCGACUGAGGGUGCAUGUGUGGCCCUGGGGUCAGCCUCCCAGCUUCCCUGGUACUGCAGCUCAUCUGGACUCAAAGGAGCACAUGACACAAAGGCCUUGUUCCGGGGCACUUUGUCUGCCACCUCAAGAUCAUACCAGAAAGGAUUCGGGACGGAGCAGAUCACGGAGUACCCAAAUAAGCAAAUAAAUGUCACACUUGAUCUUUUGUGUCCCUGCUCUGUCCCCACGGCUCUCUUCCUGGGCCAGCCCUGCAGGAGAACAGGGAUCUUUGCCCUGUCCUGACAGUGUUUGGGAUCCGGCCUCCGGGAAGGACGGCAUGGAAGGAGGCAGGUUCUUACUGGAGUGCCACCACCCCCCAAGUUCCUGGGCAAAUGCCUACGGCCUCAGCGUCUCGGAGGGUGGCACAGGCGGGCGAGAGCCAUGUACCAUGAGGUGUAACAUUGGUUUGCAAGGGAUAUCAAUCAUGUUCUCAAAGCAAAGGGACAUUUCCAAUUUGCCCGCAUGCAGUACCCAGCGACUCAGAAGGCUGCAGCCCCGGGAGUGAGUGGCAUCUAAUACCAGCUACAUAACAGGGGUGAGGGCUGCCUCUGACCUAUUCAAAUGUCGCUGCCAACAC